GACGAAACAAUGGUGAUUACUGGCGGGUAUAAAAGAGCGUCUGCGCUCCAAAAAGAUUAUUAGUACCAGCCACAUUAGCCGGAACAUCAGCAUCAUGAAAUUCUUCAUCGUAUUCCUUGCCAUCUUCGCCUUGGCGGCUGCUGCACCACAAUGGGGAGGUGGAUUUGGAGGUGGAUUUGGUGACCAGCAGCAGCAACAGCAGCAGGGAGGAUUCGGAGGCGGAUUCGGAGGUGGAUUUGGGGACCAGCAGCAGCAACAGCAGCAGGGAGGAUUCGGCGGCUGGUAAACAGCACAUAAAUUUCCUAAAU